AUGGCGGAUCCGGACAUGAAGCCAGCGCCCAUCCCCAAGUCCAAGUCGACAACGACUUUGACCUCCGAUAGCGAGCCCGUCAUGACACCAGACGACAGUACUGCAUCUCCCUCACGGUCUCAUCCCGAUUCCUCGUCUCCACACGACAAUGCAGAAGAGACUUGUGCCAUCCUCCCCGAAACGCCUACCCUCAGCGCAACCACUCCGAAAAGCCCUAGGCUCUCGCGCAACCCAUCUUUCUCUGGUAGUAGCUCGUAUCAGGAAGACUGGGAGGCUCUUCCGCCCCUGGAUCGUCUUACGGUCCUCGACCUGCUCGACAACUUUGCCCUUCCACACCAACUCGAACUUCACCUCGGCAAGAUUCAAAAGGGCUUGAGCAAGUCGCGUCAGGCUAUAAAGGCCCGUGGGCAGGUUGCGCGGGAUCGCAUGGUCGAAGAAUGGCGGCAACGCAUCCCCGCCGAUGAACAGCUUGACCGCUACCGGAAGCGUAUGCGAGACAGUGUAGACAAGCUCGGCCGGCGAUGGAAUGACACCAAGGUCGUGACGGCUCGCGAAAAGGUCUCGUUUAUCUGCGGCGUCAUGAACAUUUUCAUCAGCGGCUACCUAAUGGGUGGCUUGCCUGAGUACAUGCACUGGUGGUACACGCUGCAGAUCUUUUAUUUUCUGCCCAUCAGGUACUACACCUACCAUCGCAGGGGAUACCACUACUUUCUUGCAGACUUGUGCUACUUUGUCAACUUCCUCUUGGUCUUAAGCAUAUGGUUCUUCCCCAACUCUAAACGGCUCUUCACCGCCGUUUACUGUCUCGCUUUUGGCAACAACGCGGUGGCCAUCGUCAUGUGGCGCAACAGUCUCGUUUUUCACAGCUUCGACAAGGUCACCUCGCUGUUUAUCCACAUAAUGCCGUGUGCAACACUGCAUUGCAUGGUCCAUCUAAUCGACAAGGAACUCCAAGAAAAAAUGUUCCCGGCGGUGUACCUGAUCAGACACUCACCUCCCGGGUCUCCCACUGCUUAUGCCAAUGUUAUCUCCAUGCUCAGCUGGUCAACUAUCCCCUAUGCAAUUUGGCAAUUGUCUUACUACUUCUUCAUCACUGUGAGGAGGCGCGAAAAGAUUGCCGCCGGUCGCCCAACAUCCUUCACCUGGCUGCGCAAGUCAUACUCCAAGACCUGGAUUGGACGCAUUGUUCUAGGGCUACCAGACGUGCUCCAGGAACCGGCAUUCAUGCUGAUACAAUACUCAUACGCCGUUCUGACAAUGCUCCCUUGCCCGAUCUGGUUCUACAGCCGCUAUGCAUCCGCCGGCUUCCUGAUGUUCGUCUUUGCCUGGUCCGUAUACAAUGGUGCCACCUACUACAUCGACGUCUUUGGGAAACGCUUCCAGAAGGAGCUUGAGGCGAUGAGAGCCGAGGUGGCCAAGUGGCAAAGCCAUCCAGAUAUCGGCAGCUCAAUGGGUAGCCCUAGCAUGGGACCCAACGUAGAGUCGGCAGACGAGGCCGAGGACGAGGCGCUCUUGUCACCCGAGGCGACCAAGAGGGGUCCUCGUGAUUCCGUCAACUCCAUGUCGUUGCUAAGCGGCGAGGCGGAAAUCUUGGCAACAGGCGUGGACAGCAGUGCGAAGGACGUUGCCCGUGAGCGGAAGUAA